GUCACCCUGGGACCCCCACAGAGAGUGGCUUGAAAACUGGGUCAAGGUUGAGCCACCAGAGCAGCACAGGAAGGAGCCUCUGCCCUGCACUGUCUCUUAUAGGAACCAACAAGCCUUCUGCUUAUCUUCCCCCCGGGUUGAGUUAGACUUUUGGUUAUCGAGAACACACAGAAUGUUGAUCAAAAACCUACACUGUGUAACUUCACACCGCCGGACUCUCUAAUCAGUGUCUUCCCCAGAGUAUUUCCAGUUCUGAAGCACAGAUAAUUCCAGCUUCAGCCAGUGGAGUUUAGUUCAACUGAGAAGAUCCCCUCCUGUCCCUUUGCUCUUCGGUGGCUUGAAACAGGGUCUCAUGUGUUCCAGGCUGACCUCACAUUUGCUGGGCAGCCAAGGAUGCCCCUCACCUCCUGAUCCUCCUGAUUUUACCUCCCACACCCACUGGUGUGCAUCGUCACACCCAGGGAGACAUUCCCAAUAUUCCUAUCAGUGUGGAUCAAGGUCAUAGAAAUUUUCUUUUGUCAUAAAAAAUGCUUUUUAAACAGGGGUAGGGGUAGAGAUGUUGACUAGUAUGAGAAAAAAAUGCAUUUUUCUCUGAAGACCCAAGGAAGGGAUUGGAAACAAUGAGUUCCGCUACUUGCCUUUAUUAGGCAUCGUCUAUCUGAUUGUUAGAAAUUAUUCAUUUCCUCAAAGAGAGAAUAAAUUGCUUGGGGAUGCAGCCCUGCUCUGCACUCUUCCUUUGCUAAAGGCCAACGCCGAAAGCUUCAGAAUCAUGAGGGUGCUUCUGCACUGGAGUGUUCUAACUCUCGCCUGUGUCUGGACCAUCGCUAUGGAGAUUCCUAUGAGCACAGUGGUGAAAGAGACCUUGAUACAACUGGCCAUGCACCGAGCUCUCCUAACAAGCAAUGAGACGGUGAGGCUUCCUGUUCCUACUCAUAAAAAUCACCAGCUGUGCACUGGCGAAAUCUUCCAGGGGCUAGACAUGCUGAAGAACCAGACUGUCCGUGGCGGUACCGUGGAAACGCUAUUCCAAAACUUGUCGUUAAUAAAGAAAUACAUUGACCGCCAGAAAGAGCGGUGUGGCGAGGAGAGGCGGAGAACACGGCAGUUCCUGGAUUACCUGCAGGAGUUUCUUGGUGUGCUGAGUACGGAGUGGACGAUGGAAGACUGAGACAGGGCUCCGUGAAGACGGGGCUUCAGAUUUGAUUUGCAGUUAGUUUUUUUUUUUUUAAACUGACGCAUAAAAGCCACAAGAUUGAAAAAUUAAGGGUUACCACACACUGUUUCCACUCAUAAUUACAUCAUGCAGUCAAGUUAAACCUAUCUAUGUUCUCAAAUACUGAUCAUUUGCAUAUAACCAAAUAUUUAACGUUCUUCUCGUAUAUGUGUAACAAAAACUGGUGUAGUUCAGGCUGGGCUCAACUGAGCUACAUUCCCUAGCCCUCGCCCCCUUUCUGGAGACUCAGUGUAUAGUCAAGGGUGACUCUGAUCCAUUCAGAAGCAGGAGGAUCACACCCACACACACACUCCAACAUCCUUUCUCCUGGCCAUCUGAGAAAGACUGUAGCUCUUUUGGCGGGGACUACCACACCAGGGCUUCCUGCUCCUGUCUAACUUCAGGGUAGUGCCCAUUACCAGCGUCUCCUCAACUCCCUGCUGUCUCUCCAGUCUCCAGAAACCCCACUUCUACUCCCAAUUUCUAUGAGGUUAACUUUUCUUAUGUUCUUAUGUAUGAACCCGAUUGUGUCAGGAUCGUCCCUCUGUGCCCGGAGUAGCCAGAUACUGGAGAAGGAAAAGGCCAUCUCAGUGCAGUGAGAACGAGAGCCAACCACAUGUUGGACCUUGCUUUUCGGUGUAACUGAACUUUAGAAGCAAAGUAAACGCUUUGUGUAUACUGCAACUUUAGGAGCCCACACAAGCAGAAAGCACCAAAUGCUUGCUAUGUGAUUCAGGCUUCUGGGUCACUGAAGAAGUCUCCCUCUAGUUUACUCCAGGAAAAAUAGAUGUUUGCUUUUAUUUAAUUCUGUAAGAUGUCCAUAUUAUUUAUGAUGUGUUUAAGGAUUCAGUAAGUUAAUAUUUAUUGCGAUUUAUGCGAUAUUCUAAUAAAGCGAAAGGCGCAACUCUCGGUCAGUCUGCUACUUGUCUUUUCUAAUGCUGGAGGCAUACAGUGUCCCUGCAUGAUGUUCAGAAGAGGGUCUGAGGACAUGCUCGCUGAGCACCCGAGCUCCUUAGAGUUUCUGGGAGUUCCAAAGGUGGAAGUGAC